AUGCUGCUUCACGAGCCAGGGCCGACCGCCCUUGUGGGGCUGCCCGCGGCGCCGUUUCAGGCGCGACCGCUGGAUGCCAAAUGCCCGCCCACCACGUCUCGGCGAUGCGAGGCCCAGUGGAAGGCGCGGCGGUCAGCAUCUUCCCCACAGCUGCGGUGCAGCGAAUACCACUGCCUGCCUGCCCAACUUGAGACAGCCCAAACUCUGCGACAUGAGAAAUUGGUCCCCACUCCAUCAGCUGUGGGGCAGGGCGACCCUUACCCUGGAGGGCUUGCCAAACAUCAGGAUGGGGAGACAAUGGCCAGGGAGUCCUUGAGACUGCUGGAGUGGCCCAACCUCUGCCGUCAGGUGGCGGCCUUUGCAGAGACCUCGCUUGGGGCAGAGUUGCUGCUUGAGAGAGGGGCGCCAAUGGGGAUGACGCUGGAUGAGAGUGAGGCCUUGCUGCAAGAGACUGAGGAAGCUACAGAAGCUGGCCUGAGAUUUGAUGGCAUCUAUGAUAUUCGGCCAGCUCUCAAAGUGGCUGCCAUGGGCGAUCGUUGUCUAACAGAGCUGCAGCUGGCUGGAGUGGCCUCCACGCUGGAGGGUGCUGAACGGCUUUGUCACACUGUUGCUGGUGGUGGAUUGUCUGUCUCCAGGUUUCCAGCCUUGGGAAGGCUGGCUGCUGGAUGUGGCCCAGAGGAGAAGGGGCUUGUUACAGAAAUCCGGCGCUGCAUUGAGCCAGCAUUUGGGCACAUUGCUGACAACGCCACUCCUCACCUGGCUGACAUCCGUGAGCGGACCCGUGCAAAUGGGGUCGAACUGCAGAAGUCAGCUAAGGCAUGGGCCACACAGCUGCAUCAGCAGGGAGUAAGCGAGCGGCCCAUCGUCGUGGUUCGUCGAGGCCGUGAAUGUGUGGCCAUCAAGGCAGGAAGCCAGAGCCAGCUGCCCAGGGGCAGUGUUCAACUGGCUUCCAGCAAGAGCGGCUCAACGCUGUACAUGGAGCCAGCACCGAUUGUGGAGCUCAACAAUCGCAAGGCGAUUCUCAGCAGCGAGGAAGCCCAAGAGGAGCGGAGUAUCCUCAUGCAGCUGACGAGAAUGUUGGCAGCAUGCGCCAGCAGGGUUGCAGACAUCAUGGAGUCCGUUGCCUCCCUGGAUGUGGUCAAUGCCCGAGCAGAGCACAGCAAGUGGCUUGGUGGUGUCCGUCCAAAGUUCUUGUCAACCGAACAGAUCCGCGAUGGGUAUCGAGCCUGCCUUCCCCAGGCCAGGCACCCCAUCCUCAUGCAACGUGCCUUGCCGCCACUCAGGGAGCCCCCCUCUGCCUCCGAUGCGCCAUUUGCAAACAAUUUCAGGGAGCCCACCAAGCCCUUCCAGGUUGAUCCACCUGGGGAUAGUGCACAACAGGAUUCCCCUGAAUGCGAUUUGCCAGUCCCCAUCGACCUUGUGGUGCCUGUUGGCACUGCCGUCGUGGCGCUCACAGGGCCAAAUACCGGAGGCAAGACAGCAUCCUUGAAAACACUUGGCCUGCUGACCUUGAUGUCCAAGGCAGGAAUAUUCCUGCCAUGUGGGGCAGCAUUGGAAGGUGGGCCACAGCCAGAGCUGAUGUGGUUCGAUCAAGUUCUGGCUGACAUAGGCGACGAUCAGAACCUGCAGCAGAGCCUGUCGACCUUCAGCGGGCACAUCAGAAGAGUUAACAAGAUUUUGCACACAGCAACUUCAGCAUCACUCGUUGUCCUGGACGAGGUUGGAAGCGGCACUGAUCCCACGGAGGGAUCUGUUCUGGCAGAAGCCAUUCUGGACCAUCUUGCAGGCCAGGCAGCCCUCACCGUGGCCACCACUCACCACUCCAGUAUCAAGGAAAUGGCAGACUGCGACGAUCGAUUUGUGAAUGCAAGUGUGGGCUUUGAUGGUCGUUCCCUGAGGCCCACCUAUGUGCUGGCGUGGGGUGACGCUGGGAAGUCCAACGCGCUGGACAUCUCGGCACAAUUAGGUUUUGAUCCGGUGGUGGUGGAAGCUGCCAGGGAGCUGGUUGCAGAAAUGCGUGGCAAAGGCACACAGGAGGCUGAAACGCCUCAACUUCAUUCCUUCUUGACAGCAAAGCUGGAUGCUGCUGUGAAAGAGGCUGACAAGGAUGCGCUGGCUCUCCAGGCAGCUGGGGAGAGGCUGAAAGGGCUGCAAGAAAGCAUUCGCCAGCUUCAGGCCGAAGAAAGUGAGCUGCAGGACAUUCAAGGCAAUGCAGAUGCCCUUCAGGUCGCCAUCUCCAAGGAAGUGCAGGAUUUGCUGGAUGGCGCCCGGAGCGGCAGGAUUGCGGUGGAAUCAGUCAAGGAGCGACUUAGGGAACUUGAGACAGAGGUGGCUGCGACGAGCGGGAAGGUAUCGACAGACAGAGGCGUGCAGAAGGAGAAGGACGGCGGUGCGCCUCAAAUACGCAACGCUGCAGCACAUUUGGUUGUGUUUGCCAGGAUUUGA